CGUUCUGCUGGUUACACUAUUCUCCAUUUCUUGGCGUUCUACGCACGCGUGUCAGCAAUGAGACGCGUGUUGGAAAAAACCACCAAGAACAUUAACACGCAAGACGGCUACUUUGGACGCACACCACUACAUUGGUGUCUACAGAAUCCGUUUCUGAGGCACGAGCAACGCAAGGAAGUCACAAUUAUAAUGAUCACAUUUGGUGCAUCGGUGACAAUAAAAAAUAAUGAUGGAAAGACGCCUCUUGAUUUGUAUGAUGAAAACGAAUGUAAAGAAUACGAAAAAGCCACGAGAAGUGAAAAGAAACAAGAUUUAAAAGAAUUACUUGAAAAACUAUCAACUCCAUCAGAAAUUUUAGCCAGGGGUCCCGAUGCCGUAAAAGCUUUCAAAGAUGCACUUAAAAACGGUGAAAUAACAAUUGUUAAUUCAAGACUGAUGUUUCUUGGUCAAGAGGGUUCCGGGAAAACCUCUUGUGUUAAAGCCAUGCUGGGAAAAGAAUUUAAUAAGGAAGAGCCCUCAACCGAUGGUAUUGUUACAACUAAAACUGUCUUUCAAACUGUCGGUGAGGAUUACAGUAUAUGGGAGGAGCAGAAAGAUGUAGACGAUAUUGAACGAACUAAACAGGUACGCGAACACGCUAUCGCUACGAAUGUAGCAAAGACGUUCGAUUUUACUGCUUCUACGUCCUCAUCUGAUCCCAGAAUAUUAGCAUCUCCAUCUACGUCCGCAUUUGAUUUCGAAGGAACAUCAGCUGCAUCUGUAUCAGAAAUUGAUCCCAGAAAAAUGUCAUAUUUACCCCCUGUGUUGAUCAGACGGUUUAAAGAAAAAACUAUAUCUGAAGACACGGGAGAAUCUACCGGUCUGCUUCGUGAAAUGCGAGUAUCGACCAAUCAGCUUAAUGAAAUGCGCAAGAAAGUCAUCGACAAACUUGCCAACAAGAGUUCUGGGCCAAGUGAUGUAACUUGCAUAUGGGACUAUGCCGGCCAACUUGAAUAUUACAUUACUCACCGGAUUUUUAUUACAGAUGGAAAUUCUUAUGGAGUUGUUUUCAGUUUGGUAGAUGCUUUGGAUAAACUGGCAAAAAGAAGAGAUCCCAAAAAAGGACAUUUUGAGAUGACAAAUCUGCAAAUGAUCAUAUUUUGGAUAAGGCUGAUUUAUGAGUAUGCUGUACUGCUACGUGGCUCAGAGGAGAAACCUUUGAUCAAUGGAAUUAUCGCAUCUCCGACGAUUAGUCUGAUUGGGACGCACAAGGACCUACUCACGGGGAGUGAUGCUGAGAAGCAGGCAAAGAUUGAUGUCGUAUUAGGCAAAAUUUUAGAAGAACUCAAAGGGACGCCAUACGAACGUCACGUAGAUCGCGAGAUGUAUGCUGUAGACAACACCACAGCACUGGAUGAAGGGAUUCAAAGACUGAAAAUAAAAGUAGGCGGUUUCAUGAAGUCAAUGGCAAGAACUGUUCCAAUAAAUUGGAUGGACUUCCAAAUUGAGGUACAAGAAGCUGGGAAAACAACUCUUCGCAUGUCCUUAGAUAAGAUCACUAAGAUUGCUGUGGAAUGUGGUAUUAACAAAGACAACGUCAUCCACGUCCUCAAUUACCUCAAUGAUCUUGGAAUCAUUCUGCAUUCGCCCGCUAAGUUGAAGAACACAGUGAUUACUAACAUCCAUAUGCUGAUUGGUAUUUUCAUGAAAAUCGUCACAGUUGUGAAACCUGAUGAUGUGGACAAGGUUCCAGUGAUGAUGAAGUACUGGCAUGAAUUAGAGGAUAAAGGAAUUUUUGCAGAACAGCUAGCCCGUCAUUUAUGGGAAAAUGAACUUAAAGCCAGUAAAGAUGAUGGUGACGACAUCUUUGAAGACUUCAUUGAAAUUAUGAAGACAUUUGGACUUCUCUUGGAAAAGAAUGCAUCAGAAGAUGGCACUCGACUAUUUGUCGUUCCCUCACGGAUGAAAACCAAAACAGAUAAUUUGGAAAUUAAGAAAGACGAUGAGCAGACAGUAUCCAUCUAUGUGACUCCUAAACACUUUCUCCCUGAUGCCGUCUACCAUGUCUUGGUCGUUAGAUUUGUGAACCUGAGUAAGGAUAAACUUCAGUGUGAAGACCCAAAGCUGUAUCAGAAUCAGGCUGAAAUAGGAUUCGAUCAUAAGCAUUACCUGAAAUUAGGUCGGAUAUCCAUUGAUAACAAACAGUCUUUGAAGCUUGAAAUAACACGAAGUAGAGAGAAAGAGGCGCAUGGUGCAUACAAGCCAGCAUGUAAACCGGAUCCUGAUAUAUGUACAGAGGUUUUGGAUGUUUUGAAGCAAGAGCUGGAUGAAGUAUAUCCAUCUAAGAAAGUUGUCGGCUAUGCUCUGAAAAUCCUUUGCUUAGUCUGUUCAGACACGGAGGAACCACACUUACAAGAACUUGAGUACUGCUUAAAGUCCAAGCUUAUGACUUGUGAUAAAACAGGGGAACGUAUAGCAAUGUCAACAGCUAAUGUACAGAGGCUGUUUAAAGAAGAUAUUAAACAUACAACCUCAGCUACGGAUUCGCCUCAUCCACCCUCGGCUACAGAUAUGCCUCAUUCAUCCUCGGCUACUGGUACGCCUCAUCCAUCCUCGGCUACUGGUAGUACACUUCACCUAUCCUCGGCUACGGAUACGCCUCAUCCAUCCUCGGCUACUGAUGCCCCUCAUCCAUCCUCGGUUACUGGUAGGCUUCGUCCUUCCUCAGCUAUUUGUAGGCCUCAUCCAUCCUCGGCUACAGGUACACCCCAUCCACCCUCGGCUACAUCUCAUCCAUCCUCGGGUGCAGAUAUGCCUCAUCCGAACUCGGCUACGGAUACACUUCAUCCAUCCUCGGCUAUGGAUACGCCUCAUCCGACCUCGGCUACGGAUUUGCCUCAUCCAUCCUUGGCUACGGCUGUGGAUACGCUUCAGUUAUCCUCGGCUGCAGAUACGCCUCGUCCAUCCUCGGCUUCGGAUACAACUCAAGGGCCUGCAUGCUCUAUACUAUUUUGUGUAUGUGCGUAA